GCCCUGCGACUGUCUACUGCAGCAGCAUUGUGGGCUGGAAGCAGGAAUGCGAAGAUGGCUGCAGACCUGGGAGAGCUGCUAGUCCCUUUUAUGCCAACGAUCAGAGUCCCUAGAAUAGGAGACAGAGUAUUCAAGAGUGAAUGUGCCUUUUCUUACGAUUCUCCAGAAGCGGAAGGUGGGCUGUAUGUGUGCAUGAACACUUUUCUAGGAUUUGGACGGGAACAUGUUGAAAGACACUAUCGAAAAACAGGCCAGUGUGUGUACAUGCAUCUGAAACGCACCAUGAAAGAGAAAGCCACAGGCUCCUCUGGGGGAGCUAUACCAAGAAGAACAAAUGGAAAAGUAUUUUUAGAUUUAGAACUGAACUGCGACUUUAAUGGGGAAGAUUACGAAUAUGAAGACGAAGCCAGACUUGUCAUAUUUCCAGACCACUACGAGAUCCCCUUACCAAAUAUUGAAGAGUUGCCUGCACUGGUGACUAUAGCGUGCGACGCUGUACUCAAUGCCAAAUCUCCCUACAGAAGGCAGGAGCCUGAUUCGUGGGAUGAUGAAAUUCAGGUUUCGAAACACGCCAGCAGCUUAAGGCAGCUAGACAACGGGGUCCGAAUACCACCCAGUGGCUGGAAAUGCUCCAAGUGCGAGCUUCGGGAGAACCUGUGGGUGAACCUGACGGACGGCUCCAUCCUGUGUGGGAAGUGGUUCUUCGAUGGCAACGGGGGAAACGGGCACGCUGUGGAGCACUACCGGGAAACAAACUACCCCCUGGCCGUCAAACUGGGAACCAUCACCCCCGAUGGAGCAGACGUGUAUUCAUUUGAUGAAGAGGAGGCAGUACUUGACCCACAUUUAGCAGAACACUUGUCACACUUUGGGAUAGAUAUGCUUCAGAUGCAAAAGACAGAGAACGGCUUCACAGAAAGUGAUGUCAGCCCGCGGAUCAGUGAGUGGGAGGUGAUCCAGGAAUCAGGGUUGAAGCUCAAACCUGUGUAUGGCUCUGGUUACACUGGUAUCAAGAACCUGGGGAACAGCUGCUACCUCGGAACAACCAUGCAGGUCCUCUUCAGCAUCCCUGAAUUCCAGCGAGCAUAUGUUGGCAAUCUCCAGCGGAUAUUUGACUAUUCACCUCUCGAUCCCACACAGGAUUUCAGCACGCAGAUGGCCAAGCUGGGCCAUGGUCUUCUUUCAGGCCAGUACUCCAAACCACCAAUGAAAUCAGAGCUCAUUGAACAGGUGAUGAAAGAAGAACACAAGCACCAGCAGAAAGGGAUUUCCUUAAAGAUGUUCAAAGCCUUGACAAGUAAAGGCCACCCGGAGUUCUCUUCUAGCAGACAGCAGGACGCACAGGAGUUCUUCCUUCACUUAAUAAACCAGGUGGAGAGAAACAGCGAAGGCUCAGAGAAUCCCAGUGAUGUCUUCCGGUUCCUGGUGGAAGAACGAACCCAGUGCUGUCAGUCCAGAAUGGUCCGGUACACACAGCGCGCUGACAACAUCAUGCAACUUCCUGCGCCCAUGGAAGCCGCAACAAACAAGGAUGAAUUGAUAGCCUAUGAAGUGAAACGUCAGGAGGCUGAAGUGAGCAGGAGAGCGCCCCCGCCAGCGGUCCGGGCCAGGAUUCCAUUCAGCGCCUGUUUGCAGGCCUACACAGAGCCAGAGAACGUGGAUGACUUCUGGAGCAGUGCUCUGCAGGCCAAGUCCGCUGGAGUCAAAACAUCUCGCUUUAAGUCAUUUCCUGAAUACCUGGUUAUACAGAUAAAGAAGUUUACCUUUGGGUUGGACUGGGUGCCAAAGAAAUUAGACAUUUCUAUAGACAUGCCAGACUUGCUGGACAUCACUCACCUCCGUGCCACAGGGUUACAGCCAAAAGAGGAGGAGCUUCCAGACAUUGCUCCGCCCAUUGUUAUUCCAGAUGAACCCAAAGAUCAUUUGAUGAAUAAUUUCACAGAUUCUCCAGAAAUAGAUGAGUCGGCAGUGAUGCAGCUCACUGAAAUGGGCUUCCCCCUCGAAGCCUGUCGCAAGGCAGUUUACUACACAGGAAACAUGGGGGCUGAAGUAGCCUUAAACUGGGUUAUAGCCCACAUGGAGGAGCCCGAAGGAAACGGUAACAGAAACCCUGGAAACAGUAAUCCGCAGCAGGACUUUGCUGAGCCGUUGGUGGUUUCUGGUUUUAAUGAGAUUGACUCUUCAUCGUCAGCAGCGGUUCCUGCGGCUGACAACCAGCCUCCAGAGGAGAGCGUAGCCAUCCUUACAUCCAUGGGCUUUCCCAGGUACCAGGCCUUGCAGGGCCUGAAGGCAACGAACAACAAUCUGGAACGUGCGCUGGACUGGAUCUUUACUCACCCAGAUAGUAAAGAGGAGAGUGAGGUAGCCUCAGACAUCGCUGAUUCAGAGGGCAACGCCAACCCAGUCUCCAACGCCACAGCCGACAAUGAGCCAAGUGGGCCCCGGGUUAGGGACGGGCCUGGCAGAUACGAGCUGUUUGCCUUCAUUAGCCAUAUGGGAACAUCCACAAUGUGCGGCCGCUAUGUAUGUCACAUCAAAAAGGAGGGCAGAUGGGUAAUCUACAAUGACCACAAAGUGUGUCUGUCAGAAAGACCUCCCAAAGACUUGGGUUACAUCUACUAUUACCACCGGAUAUCCAGCUAGGCCGCAGUCCUCUCAGGUGGAUACAGGCAGCCACAGUCGUCUUGCCAACUGGAAGCAGCAAAAAAUAAUCUAAAGACUGAACAAGGGAAGAAGCUGUUGAUUAAUUUAUCGAAGGAAAAAAGCUAAAAAACUCAAAGGGAUGUCUGGUAAAAGAGAGAAAGGCCAUUUAUUCAUGAAUGUUUAUUGUAAAUGCAGAGAUUUAUAGGAAAUGUGUACAAUCUGGUUACUGGAAAACAGCAAUAGCAUCUUAACAUACAUAUCAGAAGCGUUUAUUAUUGUUUUUCAGGAUUUUUCUAUCCUCUAAAAAGGGAGCCUUAAAUUUCUUGGUUUAUAUUGAUCAACACUAAACCGCAUAUCCAGAGUCCUGUUUGUGUGUUUUUUUAAUCUGCGUGUGAAGACGACCUGUGCCGAUGUCAAGGGUCACAGAAUUUCAGCGUUCAUCUUGCAUCAUGUGUGUCGUACUAGAAGCAACACAAGUGCCAAAGCUCUGUAGACACAUCCUCUUGAUCUAUCAAGCAGGUUGUCUAGUGCACAGUUAAAGCUGUUGCCUUAUCAGAGAAUAUCAAAAAACAACAGCUAGUCAUAAAAACACUUUAAUUAAAAUAUCCACACCUAUUUCCCUUGACCAUUUCUUAUUAUUUUAUUUUUUAUGUAAUUUUGAAAUGCACACGUUGCCGGUAAAUGUCGUGAUUUAGAUAUUUCAGAUAUCCAAAAGGAGUAUGUUUGCAGUUUGAAAAGAAAUACAUAUUGGAUCUAGAUACAAAUACACCAAUGCCAACAUGAAAAUGAGCAGCUAUACAUUAAAAAAUAACACCAUUGCCGUUUCUCAAUGGGUCUAUAUGGACUGUAUUACUGUAUUGAAACCUAAACUUUAAAUGUUUUUUGAGCAAUAAUUUUGAAAUUACAUGGUAAAAUUGUAUUGAGAGUUUAAAUGCCAGGGACAAGUGUUAGGGUGAUUCCUUCUUUUCUGGUCCUAGUUAUUAAUCCUAAAAACACAUCCAUUACUGUAAGUGCCGCUCUACUGUGGACUGGUGGAAGUGCCAGCUCAUUUGGUGAUGGUUGCUAUGCUACGCUGUGGAAGCCAUUGUGAAAUCUCUGUGUAGCCAAAGUGAAUGGUGUGCUUGUGUACUGCAGGGUAUACAGAUUAGGAAUCUUAAUAAAAGAUGGCGCACAUGAUAAACUAUACUGCACUGUAGCUGAACUUCAAUGCUAAUAUUCAGAGGUUGCGUUGAUGAAGGUUUGUCUGUGAUAAAUACAACUUUGUUCAAACAGAGUUGCCUGACGUGGGCUUCGAAGUCGGGUGUAAUAUUUUCAGCACAGGACUUCACACAGGCCAGCUCACCUGCCACUUUGUGCUUUUGUUUGUGGUUUUUCUUCCAGAACUCAAUAUCAUUCUAACACAAACGGAUGGCUUUUCAAAGAGACAUGAUGUCUGUGCUGCAUUAUUUUACCAUGUGAUUCGAGGGGCUGCUAACUCAGUCAUUGUGACUCAAGCUGCCAUUUAACAAACAUUAACUGCUAAGUUGAGCGAAGAAGAGGCGGCUGCAACAGCAAGUAGAGGCUGGUGAUGUUUUCACAUCAGAACUUGUCAACUGUGAAACAAUGAGGUACUACAGAUCACAUUGUGUCUCCAUAUUGUGUAUUCAGUCAACUGUCUGUAUUCAGAUCAUUUGACUAAUUGCAGUGUAUAAAAAAGCUAGAAUGUAAACGUCCUCAAAGCAAAUCUGGAAACUGCUUGACAUGUAUUUUUGGGUAGGAAAACACCUCUAAAGACGCUAAAACAAACAGAGUGAAGUUUGUUGGCUUUUUUUGUUUUUGUGUGUGUUCAACCUCUACCUUGGCGCUUUUCUUAUUUGAAUGUAUUCCUUACUGACAGCUACAGGUAGAGUCAGAUUAACAGUAAAAGAAUCUUAGGAACUAACUUACUCCUUUUAACAAUUUUGCUGCUCAGCAGUUUUGUGACUGGGGGAAGAGAUCUUGAUGUUUUUUCAGACAUUAAUAUCACUACUUUUACAUUAUCACAAGUCAUCCCAGCAACAUUUCUAUUGCAACCAGUAGCUGUGCCACCUCCCAGCUUAGAAAUCAACAAAGACAUGUGCCUGAAGAGGGAGAGCCAGUGCAGAACAUUUGAGAAACACUGAUUUAAACAGUAUUAUCGAAUAAAAAUACAUUGCAUCAGUAAUGUUAAUUAGGAGUAUUUAAUGCAAUUUUUUAAAUAUAAUGUAACAUGUCCUUAAUUUUUUACCCUAUACUCUUUCUUGUGUUAAGCAAUCAGUAAAGUAUCAGACAUCUAUAUAAUAUAAGAAGACAUAAUAUCAUUUAGGUCAGCACAAAUACAAUACUGUUGCUUAAAUGAGCAAUGCAGUGUAGUACAAUGGAGACGAAUGGAGACUAAACACACAUAGUACAGUAUACUGUGCUUGUUGUUGAUUAACUUGUAUUGUAAGCAACAUAUUAAAGUUGAAGUUGCUGCUGUUGUUUCCUCUCAAUGAGGAGUGCCCUGUGCUUUUGUUCACCUGUUAUAGUUUUUAAAGACCAACCUAAGUCACGGAUUUGAGAAGACAUGCUUAAUUAGGAUGGCAUGUUCCUGAAAAUGUAAAUUGAAAAAGAAAAGCAAAGAUUGCAAUCAAACGAACACACAGAUUGCUUCAUCUCAAACCCACCCCGGCCACAUUCUGGUGCUAAGCUUGUUAGCAGGAUGGAUGGAUAUUCUUAAAAGCACUAAACGGCCAAUUACCCUUUUGCAAACAGAAUAAUCUGAAAAUAAAAUUAUCUAAAUGUAAAACUGCGUUUGAAAUGGUCAUUUUUAUUAUUGAGAAAUCCAUUAUAAACAAGAAUGCAUUUGUAAUGAACCCUCACCCAAAUGGUACAAGUUGACGUCUCUUAUACAUUAAGGGACGCCCUAUACACAACUUGUAUAAUGUCUUGGAAGAAAACUGUGCCAAUGGCAUAGUCCCUUUAAGAAACAUAUUCAGACCAGAGAUGUAUGAUGUCUGACUCUUCUCUUGUUUCCCUCUCUGCCCUGCUGACUGUGUGGACAGUCUCUGCAGUUUAAGUGGACUCUUAAGGAAUCUAUGCAAUUCACGUUGUAUCUUUUGUUAUUUAUCACUAUCUUGUCUUUUUAUCCACCUUUUUUGUUGCUGUACUAUUUGAUUGAUUUAGUUGGCAUCUUUGUUGCAAUGUUUAUUUAUAGGGAUGUCACAAUAUUCUCAGAGAGAGAGAGAGAGAGAGAGAGAUUGAUUGAUUGAUUGAUUAUCAAUUUGCUGUAUUUUACCUUGAUGACCUAUUUACCGUGGUGUUACAAAAAAGCUUUUAUUUCUUUGCUUUAUAAUCUGCACAUGCACUAAAGUUUAACAAUGGUCAUUUAUAAUGUAAACUUUUAAAGUUUUAUUUUAUCAUAGAAAUUUUGUUCACUUGUUUUUAUUUAUUUAAUUUAUAAUUAAGGUGAUUUUUUUUUUUUUUUUUUGCAAACCACAAAAUUAUACCAGUCCCACGGUUUUUAUUUAGUUAAGUUCUGGGUCAUCAAGUGGUCAGAAUUAAUGCUAAAAUGCUUUCUUUUCCUUUUUUUUAAUUAGCAAAAAAACUAAUAAUUGCUUCAUAAAAACCCUGUAUUUGAACGUGUACGUAUCUUGACCGGCAGAGUAUAUCUGUAUAGCUUGUGACAUCCAUGAUGAUUGCUGUAUGAUCCAUAUGCUACAUAUCAUGAGUAUUAAAAAAAAAAAAAAAAAAUUCAAAUGGAAAAUUGGCUUAUUUGGGGCAUUAUGAUAGUUCAAAUAAUAAUAAUAAUAAAAAAGUUGUUGACUUC